AUGGCCCACGGUAAUAUUCUGUUGUUCACUGUACUUGUGCAGUCUGCUUUAAGUGUAAGGAUCAAUUUCACCAGCUGCCAGAGCCCUCAGUGGUCUUGUGUGAAUAAUUUGCCAAAUGAAAUUGUCUAUAAUUGUGCCGGUCUCAGGAAUAAUGACUUCAUAAUACACCUAAAAGAUUUCUAUACUGACCAAAUAACGAGUGUCACAGUACAAAACUGUAGAGAUUUGCGCGUCGUUCUCGAUUGCCCUAUACUGCAGAGACCAUCACAGCUACAAGCAUUUAACAUUAAAGGCUGUGAAAGACUCGAGUUUGUGUCACUAUCGAGCCACUCAUUACUACAAACACCGUCCGAAGUGACCAUAGAAAAUGUAAAAGAAGUUGUCUCGUUACCAAAAGGAAUAUUUAAAUCUCCCUCAAGUUCCACUGAACUAAAAUGUGCCGGUGCUUCAACAUUAAAACAAAUAAGAAUCGUCAACACCAAAAUAAAUACAAUUAACACUAAAGCAUUUUAUAACAUGACUGGUAUAAAAAAUAUUAAGAUUGAUAACGUUACUAUAACUAAUGUACGUAAUCAAGCCAUAGAGGCUAUUAUGGGCUCCGAUACUGUUUUUACAAUUACAAACAGUAGAAUAGAUAAUUUGGAAUCUAAAGGAAUUGUAGUACUAAGUAACACCGUGUCCAUAACUGAGAACACGUUUAACGAUGUAGGCAGUGGCUGUAUAAAUAUCACUGCGGAUAAUGUUCAUAUUGUUGGUAACAGCUUUAGAGAAAUAGGGCCAAGUGGUCUCGCUCUCAAAGCUGUAAAAAUCAAUAUUACUCAAAAUAAUAUAACCAGACUAAAAACCAAUGCUUUAAACAGUGUCAAAUGUCUAAGAAAGCGGACAAAUAAGAAGGAAUUCACAUUCUCCAAAAACAAAAUUGAAAUUAUAGAACCCCACUCUUUAACUUUCGGUUACACCAGUUGCAAAUUUGCUGGCACUGCAAUCAACUUUAAUAACAACAAAAUGGAUUGCGUUUGUCAAAACAUAGCUUUUCUAAACACAGCAAAAUCGAACACUGAAUUACAUAACGUUAUUCUAGAUCCUUUGAACAAUAACACUUGUUGGUCAGCGCCUUGUACGCUACCAGUAGAUAUAGUAAAGAUAUUGAUGGAGAGUGAAAUGUGCCAAAUAGCGCUCGAUCCGCAAGUCAUGUGUUUGCUGUACAGCGACAAACAUUUGAAAAACGAAAUCACGGCUGAUGAAGAAGUCACAGAGCCUACACCCACGUUCUAUUUGAUACGACAGGCAAAUUCUCCUAAUGGUGAUGCAAGCGCCGCGCUAACAGCCGUUGACAAAGACGAUCUCUUAAAAGACAGUCAUUUGAACAUGACUAAUAGAACUGUCAUCAAAGUUGUGUUUGAUUCGUCGAAGGAUUUCGUCGAGACGUUAAGGAGUACGAGUUCAUCACACAAAAGACCAGUUGAGGAAUCAAAGACAGCUCCCAGAGAGGAAUACGUGAACCGUUGCGUAGUACUUGCUGCGGUAUUAGGAGCAGCACCGUUCUUAGGUCCGUACUUGGCUGGAAUACCGGCUGCAUUAGACGUGUGGUUACAAGGAAGGCCUAUGGCGGCUCUUCUGCUGCCCAUUGUGCAGGCCGCUCCUAUAGCAUUCCUUGACGCAGCUGUAUACGCCGAAAUAAAAGACGGAGGUCAUCCUUACGUGACCGGCCUAGCUAUUGCGGGCGGUAUAUUCUAUCUGGGCCCUGAGGGUGCGAUUUUGGGGCCCCUGCUACUUUGCUGCUUAAUGGUAGUGUUGAACCUGUCGUCCACUUUUUUGCGUGAUACGCCGUCUGAAGAGCGCGCAGCUCUGCAUUCACGCGUCAGGCUCGGUGCUUAUCUCUGA